AUGGUAUCCACGCGCGGGCAUCCCAAGGAGUUCCCAGAGCCCGACUUGACGCCCACGAGAUCAGCAUCGACGCCCUCACGCGGGCGCAAGGCCAAAGGCAAAUGGGCUCAUACGCCCUCCAACCUCUCCCUCCUAUGGCUAUUUAUCUCCCUCCCCCUCGUCGCAUGGGACACUGGCUACGUGAUGUUGCGACCGCACAGCAUGCCCGGCGGGUACCUUCACUGGCCUCUCUGGGUGCCAUAUGAUCUCUAUGGCAAGGUGGACUACAUUUAUGGCUGGAAGGCGUUCAACGCAACCAAUGGCUUCACGGCCGCGCAAGGCUUCUUGAAUAUUGUGGAGAGCCUGAUGUAUGUGUAUUAUCUGUAUGUUGUGCUUGUGUUUGGCAGGGCAUCAGCCGCGCGUGGACGUGGCGCGCCGAAGCCGAAGAUUGCAGGAUUUUUGGGUGAGCAGAGAUAUGUGGAUGGCUCGAACGGCGCGUUGGCCGUGGUUGUGGGAUUUAGUGCUUCUGUUAUGACGUUCAGCAAGACGGUGCUUUAUUGGUUGAAUGAGUAUUUUUCUGAGUUUAAGAAUAUCGGCCAUAAUAGCCUCUCCGAUCUAAUCUUCCUUUGGAUUAUACCUAAUGGUGCUUGGCUUGCCCUUCCAUGUUAUAUGAUCUAUGUGACUGGGAGUGAGAUACUUCAGGGUCUGACGAUUGCUGCUGGUGGAGCUACAGCCUCAUCCGACGAUACAUCUCCUGUGAAAACAGAGUAA